GAGAUGUCUUCUUAGGAAACAUUAAGCAUUGGAGGGAGCGAGGAAGUGAGAAUGUUAGAGUACAGUGACAUAAGUGUGGAGGGUGGGUCAUCUGAGUCUAAGCGAACAAAGGGAGGGGUAGUGCGAAAUGAGGUGGUUGAGGUUGAGGGAGAAGGGGUUCCUGCAAAUAUUUUGGAAGUGGGAGAUAGGAAUAGUAAGUUUUAUGAUAGUGGGGUAGACAUUGUGUUUGAGGUAAAGGAGUAUGAGUCUGAACUCAGAAGUAGGGAUAGCUUGAUUCAUCUCGUAGAGACUUACGAGAUUUCUUCUCGAGUUUUGGUUAGGCCUGCUAGGGUGGAGGAAAGGGCAUGCUCGGCACCCCAAGAUCAUUAGAUGUCGGUGUAUGCCCAUUAUUUGGCUGCAGGGCUUAGGUUUCCAUUAUCAGAUUUGCUGGUAUGGUUGUUAUUAGAGUAUAGUGUGGGUUUGACCCAAUUGUCUCCCAACGCAGUGAGGAUAAUAAUCAGAUUUAUAGUGU